GUUAUCAUCUCUGCAAUCCCUAACCACAUUCAUUGUUCCCUUUCCAUUUCCACAACCGCCUCCCUCUGAAAAUGUUCUCCCACUUCUGUUCCAAUCUUUGAUCAUUAUGAAUUUGUGUUUUGCUUUACUUUUUUUGGUUUACGACUGCAUAUUUAUGGAAACUAUCUCCAUUAGAAUCCUUAAUUUGUAUUUUUUUUUUUUUUUUUUUUUUGUCACAGGAGAUGCCCUAUUACAACUUUUUUGCUCAUUUGGAUUGCGUUGUAGCUUAAUCAGAAAAUAUCGAAUUUUGAGAUAGGGCCAUGAUGACCACAUAGAUUAGGAGAUCUGUAGCAAAAAACGUUGAGAUGGAUUCUCUCUCUUGUGUUAGGAAGAGCUGAUGUUCAUUUUCCCUUUUUAUCAUUUUUUCUUCUACUUGUGCUUCUGAUGCAUGUUCCUGUGGUUAUUCAUGAAAAACCAGAUCGUCGUAAUGCUCUAUUUGUCAUGUAGAACAAUGGAUUUGCCUCUAUUCUGCUUUUUAGUUUCAAAACCAGACACUUUAUCCAUUGGAUGUCUUGAUUUGAUAAGCUUGACUUGGGACGAACAGGUCUUGGAAAACUCUUUUGAUCUACUUGCUUUUCUAAUGUAUUGACGAUGCCAUUUACAAAUACCUUCUGCAACCUUAGGUAGAUAAAAUCAAGGGUUUUAGGAUCUUGAACUUCUUAAUGUGGUUGCUCCUAUACCUCAAUAUAUUAGCAUGCUCAUUUAUCUCUCACUGCUGGUCCUGAUUUUCAUACCAUGUAUAUGUAAAAUGAUUAUAUGCACACUAAUCAACACACCAACCAUUAUCCAUAAAAAUUAUGCCCUAUUUUUAAUAUACUGCCAUGCUUCUUUCCUGAAAUAUAUCAUACACCAAUUUGUGCUGAACAUGUUUCCAGAAACAAAAAAUUCAAACAAUUUUUUCUACUCCAAAAACUGUUUCUUAGCACAGAAAUGGAAAAAAACUGUUUCUUCUGUUUUUGUGUAACAGUAGAAACAAAAUCAAACAGGCCUUUAGAAACCUAUUUUGCACUUCCGCCCCUCAGAUCUCUCCCCGACUACCCCAUCCUUCCCUAUCUAUCGACUGAAGAGAAAACUUGAAGGUCGGAGACUCGAAACCCUUGCCAGUCACCCCUGAAAGUUCGACCCUCACUGUCCUAGAAGCAAUCGGAGGAGGCACUGUUGCAGGGUUGGAGCAGUUCCAGGAGUCUCUUGCUGACAGCAGAUCGGUUUCAACCAAACAAACCAAACCAAAUUGCUUGUGAAUCGGUAACCAAACCAAAUGAAAACGGCUAUUUGAAACCGAAUAAAAUCAGAUAACCAAAACCGAAUACUGUUAGGUUUCAAUUUCAUAAGCCUUCUUUCGCGCCAAAACUAUGGCAGCUUUUUCUCCCCUCCUAUCAGUCUCUAGAACUUCAACAGCACCUCUGCAGAACCUUGUUUUAAACCCCCAAAUGUUUCUUUUGAGAGCACAACUUAGAUUCAAUUCCAAAUUGUUAUCUUCCUCGUCCAGUCUAUUCUUCACUACCUUCAGGAAGUCAAAAACACCGAUCCAACACCUACGUCGUCGUGACCACUCUCAUUACAACCCAAUUCAAUCCCUUUUCACAGGGAUCGUCGAAGAGAUGGGUGAAAUCAAGCAACUGGGUUAUGUGGAAAAUGGGUUCGUGAUGAAGAUUGCAGCAAGAACAGUUCUUGAAGAUGUCAAGCUUGGGGACAGCAUUGCUGUCAACGGAACCUGCCUUACAGUGACGGAGUUUGAUAAGGAUGCCUCAGUGUUCUCGGUUGGUCUUGCCCCAGAGACCUUGAGGAAGACCUCCUUGAUUGAGCUCACUACCGGGUCGCUCGUCAAUUUGGAGAGAGCCCUCCAGCCAUCGACACGAAUGGGUGGGCAUUUUGUUCAGGGCCAUGUUGAUAGCACAGGAGAGAUCGUCUCCAUCAAGCCUGAAGGGGAUUCAUUGUGGGUGAAGGUGAAGACGUCGCCAGAAUUGCUCAAGUACAUUGUUCCCAAAGGGUUUAUAGCUGUGGAUGGGACUAGCUUGACCGUAGUCUCUGUUUUUGAUGAGGAGAAAUGCUUUAAUUUCAUGUUGGUUGCUUAUACUCAGCAGAAUGUGGUCAUUCCUUUGAAGAAAGUUGGGCAGAAGGUGAAUCUGGAGGUGGAUAUACUUGGUAAAUACGUGGAAAGACUACUCAAAGGUGGUUCUUGAUAAAAAAUAUCUUAGGAUUCUUGAGAGUCUACUACCUUUGUAACCUUUUCUGGAAAUUGAAAACCCCAAUAAUCUUUUUUUCUUUUCUUUUCUUUUUCUUUUUUUUUUAGGAGAUUUUAAGUCCCUUUUCUUAUUGUGUUCAUUGAAUUAAAGUACAAUUUGAUGUUAGGUGGUAAGAAUUACACAAAAUGUGAUGUAAUCUUCUUAUGGUGACCGAUUAGAGACCUGUUUGUCUAGUGCA